CGUCGCCAAACCAACCCACGUUCUGCUUCGCUUCGCCCCCUUCCCACCUGUUUCAUUCCAUCCCCAUCCCCGUCCCCGUCCCCGUCCCCGUGAUCGAGAGAGCACACAACUCCAAUUCCCCAAGUUCAACCCCAUGGCUGGCUACCCCCCGCCCCCCGGCUCCGGCUACCCCUACGGCGCUGCUGGCGGCUACGGAGCCCCGCCGCCCUCCGGCCAGAAGCCCCCCAAGGAAGGCAAGACCUCUUCCUCUUCCGGCCCCGACCCCUACCACGGCGCCCCGCCCCCGCAGCAGCCUUACGGCGGGGGCGGUGGCGGCGGCUACGGCGCCCCACCGUCCUACGGCCAGAAGCCCCCCAAGGAAGGCAAGACCUCCUACUCCUCCGGCUCCGACCCCUACCACGGUGCUCCGCCCCCGCAGCAGCCUUACGGCGGGGGCGGCGGAGGCGGCUACGGGCAGCAGCCCUACGGCGCCCAGCCGCCUUCGUCCGCCGCGCCGUACGGGGGCCCACCCGCCGCGCAGCCCUACGCAGGAGGCGGCGCCGGCGGGUACGGUAGCCCGUUCGCGGCGCUGGUGCCGUCGACCUUCCCGCCGGGGACGGACCCGAACGUCGUGGCGUGCUUCCAGGCGGCGGACCGCGACGGCAGCGGGAUGAUCGACGACAAGGAGCUGCAGUCCGCGCUCUCUGGGUACAGCAGCCAGAGCUUCAGCCUCCGCACCGUCCACCUCCUCAUGUACCUCUUCACCAACUCCAACGUCCGCAAGAUCGGGCCAAAGGAGUUCACUUCUGUGUUUUACAGUCUUCAGAAUUGGAGGGGCAUAUUUGAGAGGUUUGACCGUGACCGAAGUGGUAGAAUUGAUGCAGCAGAACUGCGUGAUGCUCUUCUAGAUCUUGGAUAUUCGGUCUCUCCAACUGUGCUAGACUUGCUUGUGUCUAAAUUUGACAAGACUGGGGGCAAGAACAAAGCGGUUGAAUAUGACAACUUCAUUGAAUGCUGCCUUACAGUGAAGGGCCUGACCGAGAAGUUCAAGGAGAAGGACACGGCGUACUCGGGGUCUGCAACUUUUGGCUACGAGGCGUUCAUGCUAACCGUGCUCCCUUUCCUCAUCGCAUGAUGGCACCGCGGUGCUUCUGGGUUGAGCUUGAUCUGAGCAUAUGUAUCGUCCCAGGUGUAUCGAAACGGUUGCUAGAGUUGUUUUGCCACUAGCUCUGUUACCUACCGGCUGUAAAUGUAAUACUGGCACUUUGGAAUAAGUCUUUUGGAGAAUUCAAACAAGUUAUGGUAUACUCCCUCCGUUCCGAAA